CGCUUCAGUCGUGAUACAGCGUUAGUUACCAUGGCCACACAUCGCAGAUAUUGGCUAUAGAAGAUCCCAACUUCCUUGAUAGUCCCGGGUUCCGCCCACUGUCAGCAGAUCAGCUGGAAGCUCCGCGCGUCACCGGUAUCAGAAGCGCAUCAGACAGCAUCCGUCCAUGUGUUGCGCGCUCCAGCCUACUUGGGAAAACAAACUGCAAGCUACCUAAUAGAAGAAAACAUCACAAGACUAGAUUUCUAGAUAUUACUGUUCAUUUUACCGUCAUCAUGCAGGGUAGAGGCACAUUUAUCAGCCCUUUCCCCAGACCCCGGUGUCUGGCGGCCGCGGCUCCGGCGGGGAAAGCUAAACUGACCCACCCGGGGAAAGCCAUCCUGGCAGGGGGCCUUGCAGGUGGAAUAGAGAUCUGCAUCACCUUCCCAACAGAGUAUGUCAAGACCCAGUUACAGCUGGAUGAGAGGGCCAAUCCACCCAAAUACAGAGGAAUAGGGGACUGUGUGAAACAGACGGUACAGGGUCACGGAGUUAAAGGGCUGUACAGAGGACUCAGCUCACUGGUGUAUGGAUCCAUACCCAAAUCUGCUGUCAGGUUCGGGGUGUUUGAGUUCCUCAGCAACCGUGCGAGGGAUGAGAACGGUCGCCUGGACAGCACCAAGGGCCUGCUGUGUGGGCUCGGAGCCGGCAUCUUGGAGGCUGUUUUCGUGGUGUGUCCCAUGGAAACUGUUAAGGUUAAAUUCAUUCAUGACCAGACAUCAGCCAACCCAAAAUACAAGGGCUUCUACCAUGGAGUCAGGGAGAUCAUCAAUGCCCAAGGAAUAAGAGGGACAUACCAGGGUCUCACUGCCACAGUCCUUAAGCAAGGCUCCAACCAAGCCAUUCGGUUCUAUGUGAUGACCUCUCUCAAGAACUGGUACAAAGGUGACAACCCCAAUAAAGCCAUGAACCCCUUGGUGACGGGAACGUUUGGAGCUGUAGCUGGAGCCGCCAGUGUCUUUGGAAACACACCACUAGAUGUCAUCAAGACAAGGAUGCAGGGUCUGGAAGCACACAAAUAUAAAAGCACAUUGGACUGUGCAUUAAAGAUCAUGAGACACGAGGGCUUGGCAGCUUUCUACAAAGGGACGGUUCCUCGGCUGGGCCGUGUGUGUCUGGACGUGGCCAUAGUCUUCAUCAUCUAUGAGGAGGUGGUGAAGGUCCUGAAUGUUGUCUGGAAGACGGACUGAGCCUCUGGAUGUGCAGAGAGGCCCGCGGCUCCCUACUUUCCAGGCAUCAGACACAGAUCCCAGUUUGGCCGACCUCCUCCGCAUCACAAAGUCAGAGGGGGUGAGACAGAGAGCUGAACUGAGAUGAGUGUCAAAUGCUAACAGGAAGUUAAAGAGCUCAUUUAGAUAAGGGGCAAAGCCUGAACAUACAGUAGUGCCGCCCACAUCUGGACAGCUGUGUGUAUGCAGUGCUUUGCUGCAUUAAAACAAGACAUCUUAUAUCAAAAGUGGGAUCAUAAAAUGAUCCAAAUAAUGUGGAAAAGCAUAUUCUAGAAAGUCAUAAUUUCUCCAAGUUAAACGAAAUGUCAAUAUGAGGGUCCACAUCAUGAUUAGCUUAAACAUUUCCUGAAUGAAUGUAAGCUUUUUUCCAAGUUAUCUGGUUACGUUUCUUUAAAUCCUGCUUUUUAAAAUACCCUCCUUCUGUAGAGAACUUUAUUUCUCGUCAUUCAUAGCUGAUUUACUCAUUACUGUUAGUAAUGCAUGUGUCAUACUUAGUUUUCUUAAGUCAGAUGUGCUCUCUGCCUCUACUUGCCUGUUUGUGGUUCAGAGGAGCAGGACUCCAGCUGGCUGCAGUUUACAAUCACAUAUACUGCAGUUAUUUCCAUAACUAGACCCUCCAGAAAAACGCGGGCAAAAAUUCUUGAUU